CAGCUGUAUUCUUUCUGAUUUCUGAGCUUCAAAGUAAGUGGGGGAACGGAAGCAAAGAAGCGAGCGAAUGGCUGUUUGUAGGCUGUAGCCCUCUCCUCCUCACUCCUCACUCCUCUCUCCUCUCUCUUUCUCUGUGAUGACUUCCAAGAUUUCUGUCCCACUUCACUUCCUUUCCGAUUAGGGCUCCUGUGUGUGUUGGUCAACCCCAAGAAGACCAUAAGAUACGCUGCACUCUUCCCACUCCCCUUUCAAUUUCAACCAUCUCUCUCCGAAUCUCAUACUAGGUAGGAGUGUGUGGCGUCUAAUCAAUGCCCUUGAGAUUAUUCUCCCUUGCCUAUGUUUUCCUACCAUGCUGGCCAUUUCAUGUCUUUAGAUGCCUGACCAUGUGGAUAGUAUAUUAAAGUUCAGCCGGGGACACUCAAUAUUUGGUGGGAUACUUGAUUAUUUAAGGCGUUUUUCAUGCGUGGUCAGUUCCGCAUUUGUUUACUCUUCUGAGUUGUUGGUAAAUGCACCUAGUAAUCAUUCUCUUGCUGCAAUGGCUUCAGUAGAUCCUAUAGAUAUCAGUUCAACAGACAGUGAUUCAGAUUUACGGGAAAUAGACAAUUACAGAGAUGAGUCUCCAGUGAGGGAUACUGCCUCUUCUAUCAAUUCCAGGAUUCUUCCAUCUUGGGCAUCUUCAGCUCAUUCUAAUUUGACAGGUUAUAAUGGUCUUUCUCGUAAAGACCCUUCUUCCUCGAAGAGGCAGAUUGUUUAUGAUGAAAUGCCAUCAAGACCACAUAAGCGAUUGAAUACUGCUGAGACUGUUGGGGCUGCAAGUUCGUGGAUGGAUGGAAAUGUUAAACAAAAAAAUAGUUCAAGUAAUCCUCGUGGACUUGGUACAAGUCAUGAAAUACAUUCUUCUCAUCAACCUAUGAAGAGAGCCCUUCCUGCAUCCCUUCAGCCUUCUACGUCUAGCAUGCGAUCAAACAAUCUAGUCGAAAAUGUUGGUGCAAGUGAAAUUCGUGAAACGUAUGGAAAAUCUUACCACUCAGCAACUUGGUCUAGUCCUUCUAAUGGAAGGAACUCAAUGAAAGAAGAUUUUAUGUGGGGCGGUGGGAAUGAUUCAUCAUUGUAUGAGAGAAAGGGAAAUCGGCUAUUACCUCCAUCUUUGAUGCCUGGAAAACAUUCUUCAGCUACCCCAUUUGUUGGUUCAAAUGAUACAUUCCACCAUACUGGAGUAGCUGAAGAAAGGCCUGCAGGAGCUGAUGAGAGAUUUGUUUUUCAAGCUGCUGUGCAGGAUCUUCACCAGCCUAAAGUUGAAGCUGCUUUACCUGAUGGACUCUUGUCAGUUUCUCUUCUUAGGCACCAGAAAAUUGCUUUGGCAUGGAUGCUUAGUAAGGAAUCGUCUGGUUUAUGUUUAGGGGGAAUUCUGGCUGAUGACCAGGGCCUUGGUAAGACAGUGUCAAUGAUUGCCCUCAUACAGAUGCAAAAGGCUCUGGAGGCAAAAUCUAAACCCAAGGACUCAUGUAAUACCAGAACUGAAGCCUUGAACUUGGAUGAUGAUGAUGCUACUAGUGCUUGUGUUGCACUUGAUGAUGCAAACCAGUUUAAAGAAUCUGAUGAUUUUACAAUACUUCCACAAGCGAGUAAUACAAUUAAGGGAUUCCACAGCAGGAGGCCAACAGCAGGUACAUUGAUUGUCUGUCCAGCUAGUGUUCUUCGCCAGUGGGCUCGGGAGCUGGAUGAGAAAGUUACUGACAGAGCUCGACUUUCUGUCCUAAUUUAUCACGGAGGCAAUAGGACUAAGGAUCCUGUUGCAUUGGCGAAAUAUGAUGCAGUUUUAACAACAUAUGCUAUUGUGACAAAUGAAGUUCCGAAGCAACCUUUGGUUGAGGAGGAUGAUGACGAACAAAAAGAUGGAGAGAGAUAUGGAUUAUCUUCUGCAUUUUCCAUGGAGAAAAAACAAAAAAAGUCAGCUAAUAAGAAAUCCAAGAAGGGUAAAAAAGAAAUUGAUAUGUCUGCUUUUGAUAGCAAUUCUGGUACAUUGGCAAGGGUAAAAUGGUCUAGGGUUGUUUUGGAUGAAUCUCAAACAAUAAAAAAUCACAGAACUCAAGUGGCCAGAGCUUGCUGCAGCCUUAGAGCAAAACGAAGAUGGUGCUUAUCUGGAACACCCAUACAAAAUUCUGUAGAUGAAUUAUUCAGCUACUUUAGAUUUUUGAGAUAUGAUCCAUAUGAUAAGUACAAAACAUUUGGCUCCUCUAUCAAGGCCCUAAUAUCUAGAGACUCAGUUAAAGGUUACAAGAAGCUUCAAGUUGUCUUAAGGAAUAUCAUGUUGCGCCGAACAAAAGGUACAUUGAUUGACGGUGAGCCUAUAAUCACCCUGCCUCCCAAGAAAAUACAUUUGACAAGGGUGGACUUCUCUUUAGAAGAGCGGACUUUCUAUAACAAACUUGAGGCAGAUUCACGCAAACAAUUCAAGGCUUAUGCUGCUGCUGGUACAGUCAACCAAAAUUAUGCAAAUAUUCUAUUGCUACUGCUGCGUCUUCGUCAAGCUUGUGACCAUCCGUUGCUUGUCAAAGGGUUUGGCUCUGACCCUGUCGGAAAAGUUUCCUCUGAGAUGGCCAAGAUGCUCCCCAAGGAAUUGCUCGUUAAUUUAUUGAAACAAUUGGAAACUUCGUUGGCCAUAUGUCUUGUGUGCAGAGAUCCUCCUGAAAAUGCAGUUGUCACAAUGUGCGGACAUGUUUUCUGUUAUCAGUGUGUCUCAGAUUAUUUGACAGGGGAAGAUAAUACUUGUCCUGCCCCUGAAUGCAAAGAACAACUUGGUGCUGAUGUUGUAUAUUCCAGAUCUACCUUAAGGAGAUGCAUAUCUGAUGAUAUUGAUGGUGAUACCCCUGUUUCAUAUGAUAGUGAGAAAUCUAUAGUUCUACAGAGGAAUUAUAUAUCUUCAAAAAUCAAGUCUGCUCUUGAAAUUCUCAAGUCAAAUUGCAUAUCAAAAAGUCGGGAUUCAGAGUUAUAUGAUUUGGUCAGAUAUGAUGGCGAUGCUUCAUCUCCAAGUGGUCUUUGCUUGGAAUCGGAGAGUAGAGGACGUGAAAAGGCUAUUGUUUUUUCCCAAUGGACAAGCAUGUUGGACUUAGUGGAAAUGUCACUGAAGAAUUCAUGUAUCAAUUACCGGAGGCUUGAUGGUACUAUGUCAAUUGCUGCUCGAGACAAGGCUGUCAAAGAGUUUAACACUGAUCCUGAGGUGGAUGUCAUGUUAAUGUCCCUAAAAGCUGGAAAUCUGGGCCUGAAUAUGGUUGCCGCUUGCCGUGUAAUCCUUUUGGAUCUUUGGUGGAAUCCCACCACAGAAGACCAGGCUGUUGAUCGAGCUCAUAGAAUAGGACAAACACGUCCGGUUACUGUAUCAAGGUUAACCAUCAAGGAUACAGUUGAAGAUCGCAUCUUAGCUCUUCAGGAAGAAAAGAGAAAAAUGGUUGCAUCGGCUUUUGGUGAAGAUCAAAGUGGUGGCCAUGCUACUCGCCUCACAGUGGAAGAUCUGAGAUUUUUGUUUGAAGGUUCUGAAGCAUCAGGACGUUGAAGAUACGAAUGCUGCACCUUUAAGUUAACUGCUACUUUUUUGUCGUCAGCAAUGGGCUCUUUGGCCCUCAUACGUUAAUCGAAAUGCUCGUAAAUAUUUAUUGUAUUUGAAUGUAUAUGGAAAACACUGUAGCUGAUGGUUUAAGAUAGGAUAUGAGAAUGUUGCGAAAUCUUGCUGAUGGCUCAUUGUUUUGCAUGUUAUGUAGCUUGGAGUUUAGUAGGUGCUGGUUGAUGACUAGGGUCCCAGUUCUGACUACCUUUUUGCCAGCGGUGGGGGCAGUGUUUCCCAACACAAAGGUUGAUUCAAAUGUAUCUAUGUCUACAUCAAAUUCUUCC